AUGUUGAGGCUUUUGGCGACUGCUGCUGUGGUGGUGACGGGUGUGAGUGCCCAUGGCUCUCAUAGUGAGAAUCAGGAGCCUUUGGCUGGCCCGCACAAGUCGUUGUGGUAUAACACUCUGCCGGGCGACGGUGGUACUCAGGCCGACUCUGUCUUCUCAGGCAUCUCGACCUUCGGCCGCCUUCCCUACCACCCAUGCCUCGCAAGCGAUGACGUGAAGUACGACAUUGCAUUCAUUGGUGCUCCCUUCGACACUGGCACUUCCUACCGCCCAGGUGCCAGAUUCGGCCCUAAUGGCAUUCGUCAAGGCUCACGCAAAGUGCGCUUUAGUGGAGGCUACAACGUUCCUCUCGAUGCAAACCCGUUCGACAGCUGGGCUACUGUCCUCGACUGUGGUGACAUUCCAGUCACCAGCUACGAUAAUGCCUACGCCAUCCAUCAAAUCGAAGAGGGUCACAAUAGCAUCCUCAUGCGUGAGCCAGCUACCAACGCCAGCGCCCCUGGCCCAUCGAAGAAAGGCAAGACCCUCCCUCGUGUCAUCACACUGGGCGGCGACCACACAAUCACUCUUCCUCUGCUUCGCAGCAUGAAUCGUGCAUAUGGCCCGAUCACGGUCAUCCACUUCGACUCUCACUUGGACACAUGGAAGCCAAAGGUUUUCGGGGGCUCUCCAUCCAAGCAAGCCGCUAUCAACCACGGCACUUACUUCUAUCAUGCUGCUCACGAGGGUCUCUUGAAGAAUGACACCAACAUCCACGCCGGCAUCCGCACAACCCUCAGCGGUCUCUCCGACUACGAAAACGAUGGCUAUGUUGGCUUCCAGAUUGUCGAAGCCCGCGAGAUCGACACAAUCGGCACCGAAGGCAUCAUCAAGAAGAUCCGAGAUCGCGUGGGCACAACCGAGCCUGUCUAUCUCAGUAUCGACAUCGAUACCCUCGACCCUGCCUUUGCGCCUGCUACUGGUACACCAGAGACAGGUGGCUGGAGCACUCGUGAGCUCCGUACCAUCGUGCGUGGUUUGAAGGGCAUCAACUUGGUUGCUGCGGAUAUUGUUGAGGUUGCUCCGGCUUACGACACCAAUGCUGAGCUUACCACUAUGGCGGCUGCUGAUACUUUGUAUGAGGUUAUGACUUUGAUGGUGAUGAAUGGGCCGUUGUCCGAGAUGGUCACGAAGAAGGAGAUUGAGGCGAAGGAGGAUAUGUAG